AUGGCUGAAGGAUUGGAAGAAAAACAUGGGAAAUCUCUGGCAGCACCCUUGAUUUUUCUCAUUGUCUUAGUUUUCCAGUUGUUCUCGAGAUAUAUCGAACUCAACCUGAAGAAGAAAGGAGGUAAAAGUGAGGAAGAAAUUAGAUUACAUGCGGAAAUAAAGGAGCUAUUGAAGGAGGCUAGCAUAUAUUCACAGCCUUCGACAUUUGCACAAGCUGCAAAACUCAAGAGGAUGGCGGCCGCUAAAGAAAAAGAGCUAGCAAAAGUUCAAGAUCUGCGUGGCAACGAAAUCAAAUUGUCAUAUAACUCCUACACGAAGACCUUGAUGAUUGUGAAGAUUCUUACUUAUUCCAUGCUAAUUAUUUGGUUUUGGCGAUUCCCUGUGGCGGCCAUUAAUGAGAGGCUUGUGCAACCUUUUGGUAAGAUUUUGUCAUGGAGAGCUGGAGUGUCACUCAAUGACAAUGUUAUGGUUGGAAUUAUUCCCUGGCUGAUACUCUCGACUAGGGUGGGCAAAAUUAUCAGCCGCAAGGUAUUCAAGUAA